AUGUGCCUCUUUGAAGUAAAUGGAAACAGGCAAACAGCACGGGAGCUGAAUGUUGAUGAAAAACGCAUCAGAGAGUGGCGUAAACAGAAAGAUGUGCUGAUGCAAACGCCCAGAGAGAAGCGUGCUCAACGUCGCGGUCCUGCUGCAAAGUGGAAAGACUUAGAAAGUGAACUGUUCCAAUGGAUUGGAGACGAAAGGAAAAACGGUCGCUCUUUAUCUACUGUCCUCAUUAGAAUUAAAGCAAAGCAAAUGGCGAAAGAAAAAGGUCUCGACGACUUUAAGGGUGGACCUUCGUGGUGUUCUCGUUUUUUCAAACGAAACAAACUGAGCAUGAGAGCUCGUUCACUAACUUCUUUAACACGUUUAAAGAAGCAUUUCUGA